CGUGACAGAUCUGAGAUGAUUUAAGUUCCCCAAAAACUGUUUUUCAAGUUUUCAACUUCCAAAAUUUUAGAGAGAGAAGAGGGAAGUCCGAAUUGAGAAAAGAGCUCCAAUUUUUUUCACAAAAUUUCAGUUGAGCGGGAAUCGAAUUGAAAAUUGAAUUUAGAAAUAGAAACAGCGAUAGAGCCCAAAUCUUUUCAAAUCUCUAUAUAUAACCCAACUCAAUACUUUCCAUUCUUUUCUUUUCAUAUUAGGUUUAGUUUUUUCUUCUCUCGAUUUGGGGAUUUUUUUAGUAUACAGUUUCUAUAAUUAGAGAUCAAGAAAUCAGUUCUAGGGUUUAAUCGUAUUUGAUGAUUUGUUUAUCUUCAAAGAUUUAGGUUUUAAUAUGUCUACCAGAAUACCAGAAUCUGAUUUUCGUAGUACCGGAAAUAGAGGUGAAGUUGGGGUUAAUGAACGUAGAGUUAAACCAGAACCGGGUAGUAGAAGAAGGCAUGGAGUUGAAUCAGAACAACCAGAGACUAGUGAUUCUCGUAAUGGUGUUGCUGAUCGAAGAGUUCUACGUUCGAAGUAUCUUGCUCUAAGGAAUACGAUACAUGAUGAAAGAGAAGAUAUUUCGGAUGCCAACUCUGACAAGUUCAAAUCUAUUUUCAAUGAAGUGGAGAAUUUGCAUCAGAUGGUUACAAAGCCAAGAGAACAAGUUGCAGAUGCCGAGGCUCUUUUAGGCAUUGCCAACACCUUGGUGACAUCUGUUAAAGCACAGAAUAGUGAUGGUGUUACUCCCAAUGAUUUCAUCAGCUGUAUGCUUCAAAAAUUUGGGAAGCAAAAUGGUGGACAAGCCAGAACCUUGGGUUGGAAGGAUGUAGGUCUUGAAGUAUGUCACAUCUUCAUGAAGGUUCCAGGAUGCAGUACGAUGGUUGGACCUAUGGAUGUUGAGGUCAAGCAAAGGAAAAUUGUUACUCAGAGAAAGCGGACUAGGAAACCAACUACAACUGAACGCCCUGAAGAUCUUGAUGAUGCUGAAGAAGAGCAGACAACUGAUACUGACAGAAACAUGAUCACUAUGUAUGACAUAUUGAGGAAGAAUAAGAGAGUUAUGCUUGAUAAUCUACUUCUUAACAGAGUUUCUUUUGCACAGACGGUGGAGAAUUUAUUUGCUCUUUCAUUUUUGGUGAAAGAUGGUCGAGUCAAGAUAGCUGUUGAUUCAAAUGGUCGCCACUUAGUUACUCCAAGAAAUGGACCUACACCUGACCAAGUUGCCUCAGGGGUUGCUGCUUACAACCAUUUUGUUCUCCGGCUUGAUUUCAAAGAUUGGCAGUUGAUGAAGGACACUGUUACCGUUGGUGAGGAGCUUAUGCCCCAUCGAACUCCAGCAAAUAUCUCAAGUGAUACUCAGGGGGAAGUGAUAGGUGGAAAUACACAGGGUGAUAGUCAGAGUGAAGUGACUGGCAAAAGUAGUCAUGGCGCCAGGGCUAGUACUCAGAAGGAAGUGAUAGGUGAAAGUAGUGAGGGUGCCACAGCUGGUAACCCAACAACACCAAUUAGAAAGUUUUCAAGGAACCGAGGUCUAAUCAUACGAGAAGAUUCAGUGAUAGAAGACUCACCUGAAAAUGUGAACCCUAACUUGAGUGCUGCAGCCAUACGAAAGGGUAAGCGCAAACUUCGAUGAAAUUGGAUGACCACGUCUGGUUAGUAGUGUAUUGCACAGCUUGGUAGAUAUUUGUGAAUCUUUUUGAAGUUAGUUUGUUGUUUUUUACUUUUUAGUUUCUGCAGUUCUAUGUAGGCUCUGUAUAUCAUUUUUAAGAUGACCAUUUUGAUUAGUUGGUGGGUUGACAUGUAAAAUUGGUUCUUCCAAUUAAAAGUUACUGACUUGCUCUGAAGCACCACUAAGAGUGUCGUGACUUUUAUUCUAUAUGUUUCUAGAUAUUUUAGUCUUACUCUGCAA